GGGCGCAGGUGAGGGACCCUCCGGCAGCCCUGGCAGGACCCCGGGGUCUGGCACUGCCCCGCUCCGCCCCAGAGCCCUUCAGGGGUGACGCCUGGAUUUGUCCCCAUCCCUGGGUGCAUCCUGGUGAGAACCAGCUUGGGAGAGGGAGAAGACCCCAGAUUUAGGGGCACGGCGAGGGCAGCGAGCGCAAAAAUGGAGUCCUUCUCCUUCAGUGGGGAUUUCUCCAACAUCUUCUCCCUCUACAACUACACCUAUGACUACAGCACUGCCAUGCCCGACACCGCUAUAUCCUCUGCCCCGUGCCGGCCCGAUGGCUCUGUCCUCAACAAGUACCUGGUGGUGGUGAUCUACUGCAUUGUCUUCAUCCUCAGUGUGGUGGGGAAUGGGCUGGUGGUGCUGGUGGUGACCUCCAGCCACACCAACCGCUCCGUCACCGAUGUCUACCUGCUCAACCUGGCUGUGGCAGACCUGCUCUUCGCCCUCAGUCUGCCGCUCUGGGCUGCCUACCGAGCCCAUGAGUGGGUCUUCGGCACCGUGAUGUGCAAAGCUAUCUCCGUGCUGCAGGAGACCAACUUCUACAGUGGCAUCCUGCUGCUGGCCUGCAUCAGCGUGGACCGCUACCUGGCCAUCGUCUAUGCCACCCGGGCCGCCACUGAGAAGAGACACUGGGUAAAGUUUGUCUGCUUGGGCAUCUGGGUCUUCUCCGUGCUGCUCUCCCUGCCCGUGUUGCUCUUCCGUGAGGCUUUUGUCUCGCCCAACAAUGGCACCGUGUGCUACGAGCGCAUCGGCGAGGAGGACACAGCCAAGUGGCGGGUGGUGCUGCGGAUCCUGCCACAGACCUUUGGCUUCGCCCUGCCCCUCUUGGUGAUGCUCUUCUGCUACGGUGUCACCAUCCACACUCUUCUGCAGACCAAGAACUCCCAGAAGCAGCGGGCCAUGAAGGUCAUCUUGGCCGUGGUGCUGGUCUUCCUCAUCUGCUGGCUGCCCUACAACAUCACAUUGGUGAGCGACAGCCUGAUGAGGGUGCGGGCCAUUGCUGAGACCUGCGAAAGGAGGAACCACAUCGACAGGGCCCUCUCCAUCACGCAGGUCCUGGGCUUCUCCCACAGCUGCAUCAACCCUAUCAUCUAUGCCUUCAUUGGGCAGAAGUUUCGCAACAGCUUCCUCAAGAUCCUGGCACAUCGUGGGCUCAUCAGCAAGGAUGCUGUGGCACGCUAUGGCCGUGCCUCCUAUGCAUCCACCUCUGGCAACACCUCCACCACCCUCUGAGCCCUGCUGGGACCCAGCCCUCUCAGCUCCCAGCAGGUUCUGGCACCCCACACACCCCAGCACCCUUGCCCAGCCCCCUGGCAUGUGGGCAGUGAUGCCACAGGGAUGGACAGGGCUGCCACUGGGUGCUGGACCCUGGCUGGAAGGAGGCUUGGGUGGUGAGGGGGUUAGGACCCCAUUGCCACGGAGCGAUACCAAGUGCUGCCCACCCUCCUGGUUCUGUGGGGUAGAGCCUGUGACUUUGGGGACCUCACGACCCCUCUGUGGGGACGGUGUUGGUGGCUGAUGGCCAUGGGGCAAUAAAGAAAUUGGUGGGUUGGUCACUGUCAUGGUUUAACCCCAGAGGGCAACUAGGACCAUGCAGCCAUUCACUCACUCACUCUUCCCCCCAGUAGGGUAGGGAGAAGAGGGAGAAAAAGCUAAAAAAAAAAACCAAACUCAUAGGUUGAGAUAAAGACAGUUUAGUAGAACAGAAGCAGAAGAGAAAAUAAUAAUAAUGGUAAAAGAAUAUACAAAAUAAGUGAUGGAAUGCAAUUGCUCAUGCCCUGAUGAUCAAUUGCCCAAUCCAUCCUGAGCAGCAAUUGCUGAUUCCUGCCCCCGGGCCAGUCCUCAUUUAUAUACUGAGCGUGACAUCUAUGGUAUGGAAUAUUCCCUUGGCCAGCUUGUCCUGUCUAUGCUCCCUCUCAGCUUCUACAAGAAGUUGAAAAAGUCCUUGACUUAAUAUAAGCAUUACUUAGCAAUGACUAAAA